UCGAUUUUUCCAACCAAACAAAAUGGAAGAAAACAUGCAGACACCAAAGCUUCAGACUUUUACAACUACUUGAGACUUGAGACUCUGAAAGUCGGCAUCUUUACGAAACAAGCAGCUGUCCGAUGGACGGGGCAUCGUCGUCGGCGGCGGCGAUAAAAACCGACACAAAACGGCCCCAAACGGCGGCGGCAGGGUUGUUUUCGCCGAUAAACGACGACCUUCUCCACAACAUCCUCUCGCACCUACCCGCCUUAUCCUUCGCAUCAGCGGCGUGCGUUAGCAAAUCCUGGAACCAAAUCUGCAGCCGAAUCCUCACUCGCCCGAAGCUCGCCUCCGCCCUCUCUCUCCACCCCUCGCCUAAGGUUGCAGUGAAGGAGGUUAUCGAGAAGGUUCUAGCUGAGCCUAUACGGCCUCAUUUUGUUGUAGCUAAUAUUGGAAGUGGGUUUGGAUUGUAUGACAUUUCCAAGCUGAUAUCGAAAAAAUUGGGGUCCAGUAUUCCAUUCAUCAUUUCUACUUCAAGUGGAAUAUUUGGAAGAGAUGCUCUUACCCAUGAAUUCAAAGAGGUUAAGUGGGGAGAGGUUUGUGGUGAUGGACGUGAUGAAGAUUGCUCUAUACCAACAAAGGAUGCGAACUACGGCAUCCUUUUGACUGUUGGCUUUGUGCCAGGAUUGAAAGUUGAUGCCAUCCCGCUGUUACGAACAAUAAAGGAUCCUCGAGAAGUCUUGCUUGAUAAAUUCAUCAUGGAUAUUAAGGAUUACACAGCCUCUGUUUCAGAUUGCACGUCCCCGGUUGGAAUUAUGAUGUUUGGAGAUGGGCUUCGUGACAUGAAACCGAUUGUUUGAUGCAUUGGAUUAUGCUAUGCCUGCGGAAACUGUCAUUGUGGGUGAUGAGAGAUGUCGCAUUUUAUAUAGAAGUGAGAAUGAGUCUAGAAAUGUCUGUGGGAAUGCAAAAUACUUUACCGAUGCUGUUGCUCUUAUAUUUGCCAAGGAUAAAGACAAGCCACAUGGUAUUGGAGACAUUCAAUUCCAAAUUGCAUUAUCAAAUGGAGUGUCCACAGUCGGUUCCCAGCACACAAGGCUGUUUCUGUCAAAGUGAAUAACUGUGAGCGUUCUACUUGGCUUACUGCUAGAAGAGAGGGACACCCAGAAAUUCUGGACGGUCAACAAAUUCUCGAUGAUAUCAACGAUGAGUUAGCAAAUCACGUAGAUUCUUCAGAUCUGUACAUUGGGGUUACGAAACAUAGAAAAAUCUCUAUUGGGUCAGAGAAGCCAAGGUGGAUCACGUCCUUGGAAUACCAUGGAGUUGUAGGAGGAGAUGAUCAGUACCUUUAUGUCAGUGGCGUUGGCAUAAAAACUGGUGAUUACUUCAACUUCUAUCGUUCAGACCCCGAAACUGCAUUAGCUUCAUGUAACAACAUCUCUUCAAGCCUGAAAAAAUUGAAGGUCAAUGAAACUCAAAAACAUCGCUGUCACAUGAGCGAAGUAUUUGGGGGUUUUCUGUUCGCUUGUUGUGGCCGUGGUGAGCCAUUCUUUGGACGCGCCAAUGUUGAUGGCUCUCCCUUUGUGGAGAACUUCUCCAGGGUUCCGUUGGCAGGAAUAUUUUGCGGGGGAGAAAUUGCACGUGGCUCUUUGAGGUUGACCGGGGAAGCUCAGAAAGAUAGUGAUGCUCGUUGCACUCUGCAUGUCUACUGCACCAUUUAUCUUGUGCUGUCAUAUACUCCAGCACCAGCACCAGCACCAUUGGAGCAUUAGAUGUUGCCUGCUGCUCUUCCCUUGAAUCUCUUUUGUUUUAGUACAGUAACUGUUUAUACAUUUCGGUUUUACAGUCCGUGAUCGAUGAUCGGCCUGUAUGGCCGUAAUUUAAUUUGCAGUUGGGUGUUUUCUUUUUUGCAUAGCACGCUUUCAUGCGAUAUACAAAAGGAUUUAUAAACGGUUGAUGAUCCUGGCAUUUAUAUUAUGUGCGAGAUUAUUUUUCAAGAAAAUACAGAAAAGCAUGAAUGGGAAGGUGCGUUGAUCA